AUGAACAUACAUAGUCUAUUCAUACUGUUGCAAUUGUGCAGCUGCUACUUCACUCUUGACCAGACCCAGUCGACCAAGCUGGACAAAACUAAAACUCAGGCCUAUCCGGAGAAACAGAAGACGUUUGGAAUUGGUCAAGUGAGCCGAUGUCUAUUGCGUCAUAAGCAAAGCGUGAACCACUGGGCAGAUUGUGUCCUUGAAUUGACAGAUGUAGUAGGAUCUGGGGCCAUAGAGAGAAACGUGGGCAGAUGUCUCACAAAGAUUAAGCUUGAAGCAUCCAGUUUCCCUUCAAUGACCGAGGAGGGCCUACUUUUCGAAUACUACAGCUGUCUUUUGAGCGCUGAGCUUGCUUAUUUGCGACAUGCGAAGGAACAACCCCGAUCUUCGGAGCUCAGUUGGAUUAGAAUUGAGAAUGUUAAGUAUUUUAUCUUAAGGGCUGAGUCUCUGAUGAGAAGACUUUUGAUUUGGGGUUGUAUUCUUGUUUUGGCGCUGAAAGAUCACUCAAGAUUACGGAACAUACGCCUUAAAGAACGUUUAGCAUCAAAACUUCCCUGGUUACUGAAUAGGAAUGAGCAUCGCUUUUGCGCAAUAAACGUUCAAAUGAUCAAACUCAAGACUGAGCUGUUGAAAAUGCUUCAUGAGCUGUACCAAUCAAUUGAAGGUAGUUUCAAUGCAAGUGCGCAGGGAAAAAGUGCAGAUUUUGGCGAAAAGGAGAAUGAUGACCUUAAAUUGGAGCCUGUUACGGAUUUGAGCGGCGGUCUUGGCGACGGCUCUCUUAUUCGAAGCGGCGGCGAGAAUACUACUGGUAUUGAUUUGAGUAUCAAGCUCAGAGACCUUUCAGUUAACCUUAUGCCAAAAGACAGAGCCCUGGUAUUUGAUUUAACCACAAAAGAGGGCAGGAGAGACUGGAAAACCUACGUCAAUAGAGACAAAAGUAGGCCUUCCUCGUGCAGGGAGAAAGGGUUUGCUGAUGGUGGUUUGCCAGUCAAAAAGGCCUCAUUGACGUGUACUGCCGAUCAAAAUGCUCAUUUACUGGAAGAGGACUCGGAACUGGAAAACGUUGCAUUGUAUAACAAGCACGGCAAACCAUUGCGCAGAAUCUUUGUGCCCAAAAUUGGAUGGAUAUCAAGGCGCAAAUAUCUCGAGCAGCGAGGUUAA